AUGAGAUGUGAGGUGUUCUUCGACUUUUGGCACUGCGAGCCAGCCGCCAGACAGCGUCGGUGGUUCACUGCCGCUUGCCAAUGCCAGCACCAAAAGUCGUUUUCCCUUCUCUUUCGAAGCCCGCGAUCUUAUUUCUUCGACAUACCUGACAUUUCUCUCAUUCUCUUCCUCAUUGUCAUUUCAUCGUCAACUUCUAUGAUGGAUGAGCCCGACGACCACGCGAUCGCCGUCAGCAUUGCGCAGGCCGUCGAGGCCGACGCCGAACUCAUUGCCGCCCUAAUUCGUGAGGAUGAACAGGCUAGAAGAGACUUCGAGUUUGCCAGACAGCUUGACCAAAACCAAAAUGCUAUAGCUGAAGCUGAUAACGCCGUUGACCAUAUUGGGCUUGAUGACGAAACUUAUCGUACAUUGCAAGCUUUCAACCUCGCUGUUCAGCCGACAGAUGACGCUGAAGUGGAAACGGAACUCAAUCAUGAGGAUUCCCACGAUGCCAUGACUGUUGACGCUGAGGACCAAAGCAAUUGCGAAACUUCUCAAGAUGACGUCUCCCACCUGGAAGAAGUUGAGAUUCAGGCAGAGGACAGCCAAAUCAACGGCAUCCAACCCGAGGACACUCAGGAAGAGCGAGAUGCCGACGAGCACCCAGGAAUCGCCCAGGCUGCAUUCCCCGCUCCUCCAGACCUACACGUCGGAACGAAGGAGUGUCUCUACUGCCACGAAGAGAUCCCCGAAGAUGAGGUUUUCGAAGCACUUUGCUCCCACGUAAUGUGCCAGCCAUGUCUCAUUAGAAGCAUUCACACAGUGAUGAAAGAGGAGUCUCUCUUCCCGCCAAAGUGCUGCGGCCAGGUUAUUCCUGUGGACAACACAAAUGCUUUCAUCACUGAGGAACUGUUGACCGAGUAUGAAAACAAACGGGAUGAGUUCGAAACAGCCAAUCGAACUUACUGCAACGACCGGGCAUGCUCUGCAUUCAUACCUCUAAGUUCAAUCCAUGCUGGUAUUGCCCACUGCACUCGCUGCGAGAAGCGGACGUGCCUCAACUGUCUGAGCGAAGCACAUGAGGGUGCAUGCACCGACGACCCUGAGUCACAACGAGUUGUUCGCCUGGCGGAGGAGGAGGGGUGGCGCCGCUGUGAGCAAUGCAAGAACAUUGUUGAACUGACCUAUGGCUGUUUCCACAUCUGUAAGUUUAUCGACCAUGUGCUUGUCGAUGCGGCCACCAAUUCUGUUACCUAUGCGGGAGACAAUGGAGAACCUGCAACUGUCCCCAAUGGAAUGAGCGUAACCUCUGGGCGCAGGGAGGAGAAAUUGCUGCUGCUGCUGCUGCACAAGUACGAGCAAGAGCACGAGCACGAGCAAGAGCACCAGCGCCAGCAGCGCGACCUGUCCAGCCCGCUGGAUGCCGUCAUCGAAGCUACAGGCCUUUUGACCGUGUGGAUGGCCAAAAUGAGUGCGACGGUUGUGGGACUGAGAUGCCGCAAUACAUCUUGUCUUGCCCAGAGUGUGAACUCGUACUUUGCCUUCGCUGCCUCGAGACUCGCCGACGCCAGUUGA